AUGGAUUCACAAAGAGAAACAUAUUUGAUCUCUCUCUCUCUCUCUCUCUCUCUCUCUCUCUCUCUCUCCUGCUGUUGUUCAGCAUACCAGCCUGUACCGGCCCGGAGUGGACUUAUAAAAUCCAUACCGUAUAUCCCAUUCCUUCCAGUUGGGGUCGGCCUCGGCCUCCCAUUCCUCCUCUUUCGCGUCCUUACGGCGUUUUAUGUUCCCUAUCCCAUUCCUGGAGACCUUCUCUGUACUUUUCCAAUCCCUGCGUCUUUGAGUUCCCUGGUUUCCGCCACUUCUUAUCCUCUCGCUAUUUUUAGCUACCGUCAGCCUACAGGGCCCACCCUUCAGGACGUCACUUCUCACGUCAUCAUCACGGAUGGCGUCCAUGAAAGUUCUUCUAGAGUUUCCCCUACUUCUUGUUUAAUCUUAAACAAUUUUCGAACCGCCUCUAUGGUUGUUCGCUCGCUAGCAUAUCGUCUGAUUCAGCUCGUUUCAUGUUAUUCCCUGUAUAAGCCCCCGAUAAAUUUUGAGAUUGGUCCCACUGCUGCCUCAUAUGCCAACAGCACCAUCUCCCGACCUGCCAACCCGUAUACCAGCUGUUUCUUUUGUAUAGCUACCAACCAAUCAUGA